CUAUUCAUCAUAAUCGUUUUUGUGUCUUACAAAAUGGAAAUUAUUCUAUGCACCGACGGUGUAUAGGUCCGACUAUUAACUUCUGAUUUUUCUAAUUUUUCAUAAAACAUAUUUGAAUUGACACGAGUGGCUCUUGACAGACCCGGACCCGUAACCCGUAACCCAUCAUGAGUUGGUUCAACCCACUUACCCAGAAUCCCAGAUCCAGUUCCUCCUCCCAAUUCCGUAUCAUACAUUCACAGCAACACUCAAAGCUCCAGUCUUUCUACCCCAAUUCAAAAACCCAGAAAGCCAUGAACCUCUUAACCUCAAAACCCACCACCCUCCGAUCCAAAAGGCAACCCUCCCAAAGGUCCCCACUCCUCUACCUCACCCUCCUCUUCUCCCUCCUCAUCUUCCUCUUCUACUUCUUCUCCCUCAGCCCCAAUUCCCUCCUCACCGCCCAACUUUCCCAUUCUCCAAAAUGCCCUUCUCUGGGUGGAGACAAGUUCCUCUGGUACGCCCCCCACAGUGGCUUCAGCAACCAGCUCAUGGAGUUGAAGAACGGAAUCUUGAUGGCCGGCAUUUUGAACCGGACGCUGGUUGUGCCGCCGGUUCUCGAUCACCACGCUGUGGCUCUCGGGAGUUGCCCCAAGUUUCGGGUUUCGGCUCCGAAUGAGAUCAGGGGUCAGGUCUGGGAGCAUGUGAUUGAGCUCAUUGGGAGUGGGAGGUAUGUAUCCAUGGCUGACAUUGUUGAUAUAUCGUCAUUAGUUUCUUCUUCGUUAGUUCGAGUUAUAGAUUUCAGGGUUUUUAUAUCCUCAUGGUGCAAUGUGAACUUAGAUUUUGCUUGCCAUAAUGAGUUCAAUGCACAUUUGCUGGAUAAAUUAAAGGAAUGUGGAUCUGUACUAAGUGGUGUCAAAGGUAACGUUAAGUGUUUAUAUGCUGUUAAUGAAGACUGCAGAACCACUGUUUGGACAUACCAGAAUGGUAAUGAGGAUGUGGCAUUAGAUUCUUUUCAACCUGAUGAAAAACUCAAGAAAAAGAAGAUUUCAUAUGUUAGGAAACGACGAGAUGUAUACAAGACUCUCGGACCGGGUUCUGAAGCUGAAUCAGCUUCUGUGCUGGCAUUUGGAAGCCUUUUCACAGCUCCUUACAAAGGUUCUGAGCUACUUAUUGAUAUCCAUGAAUCUCCAAGAGAUCAAAGGAUAGGAAGUCUAAUGGAGAAGAUUGAGUUUCUUCCAUUUGCUCCUGAAAUUGUGAGUGCAGGAAAGAAGUUUGCUUUGGAUACCAUAAAGGCUCCUUUUCUAUGUGCACAGCUUCGAUUAUUAGACGGGCAGUUCAAGAAUCACCGGAAGGCUACUUUUCAAGGGCUAAAACAAAAGUUGGAUGCUUUGAUGCAGAGCCCUCUCCCCAUUCAUAUCUUUGUGAUGACUGAUCUUCCUGAAAGUAAUUGGACUGAAAAUUACUUGGGGGAUUUGGCUAGAGAUUCAAAUCAGUUUAAACUGUUUUUCCUGAAAGAAAGAGAUGAUUUGGUAAUACAAACAGCUACAAGAAUUGUUGAUGCAGGCCAUGGCUUGAAGUUUGGGUCUGUUGCAAAUAUUCAUGAUGGAACUGAUCAGAUUAAGAAGGAUUGCCCUUCUGCAGUAAUACCCGAUGUUCUUCUAUACAUAGAGCAAACUGUUUGCAGUUGUGCGUCUCUUGGAUUUGUUGGGACUGCAGGAUCAACUAUUGCAGGGAGCAUAGAGCUAAUGAGAAAGUUCGGCGCAUGUUCAAGCUAAUCUCUGAUGACAUUGCUGAAUGUCUUUUGACACGACAAAUUCUAGUUCAACGAAAGGUUGCUGACUCUGUGAAAAUUCAAAAGCAUGCCCGAAACUGGUCCUAAUAUGCCAAUACCAAGUUUAAACAAUCUUGGCUCGUCCUGAAGCACGACUUGACAGCACCAGCAGACUUGGUGUCGCAAAUCUAGGCAGGAUGCCAGAAAGAAAGCGAUGUGUGUAGAGAAGAGUAGGUUCAGAUAAGGUGCUGCUUUGUUAAGGUUAUCUGACAGUCUGAAAACAAUAGGGUGAUUCUCAUUAUAUCCAUCGGUGCUCAGUUCAAACUUCAGUAUCGAGUCGAUAGGCACUUUUUUCGACGUUGAUGGGUGCACAGUGAUUCUUUGAGUGUUUGCUAUUGGUGGUAACGCCAUGAAUUCAAGGCGGAUUGCGCGAUGCAUAUCGGAAACUCUUAACAUACGUCUUUGGCGAACAUUGUUGUAAAUUAACUCCAAAAUGUCUGAGUUAUCAGAGUGUAAUUUGAAGAAUGCUUCUCCUGUA